CAGAGAAGAGGUAAAACAUACAAUUAGUGAAUGCUAUUCUAAGCCUCAUGAAGUUGAUAAAAUAUUAUUUACAUCCUUAGUCAUUACUGAACGGAUGGCAUUAUUGGCAGAUAAUAAAAUAUUGUAUUAUGCUAUGGAAGAGUACUUCUUUUUUAUUAGUUGUAUCUAUUUUUAGUCUUUCACAUCACAACGUUAUUGAUUGAUCAAUGAUCAUUAGUCGUUAUCGAUUCGGAUUACCGAAUACUGUUUAAUAACAAAGUUUUACUUGCCUACUUGUCUAUUUUUUGUUUACAACAAUGGGCAACGGCCAUACAAACAAAUAUUCUUGAAAUAAAAAAGUACGUCAUUUUUGCGAGCAUGUACAACGUACGUUAUUCUCAAACCUAACUGAUCUCCCGCUAAAUUUUUGUUCACAAAUAUAAACAAUGGUUAUACAUGUUAAGUCUAUUCAUUGUGUUUACUAAUCAUCCAUUUAAUGAGACUCGUACAAUAAUAAUAACUAAUACCUAAGGAUUGAGAAACUCGGUAAACCUCAAUCAGCUCAAAAUGAAAGUUUACCUGGACGAAAUGUGUCGAGUGAACUUCCCAGGCGACGUCAUAAACGGUAUACUCUGCAUACGGGAAUACUUCGACUUCAAUCUUGAACCCAGGAUUAGGGUCAGUGGAUUUACGCGUAUAUGGAAACGGAGCCUUAUAAAUAAUGUGGUAACCAAUGGUGAAACAGACGAAUACUCAUUGUUUUUCAACGGAAUAGCAGUAUUGAGUAAGGAAGACGAUACAUGCACAGUUAACAUGUCACCGAUUGACGAGUUAGAAGAUUAUUCCAAAAAAUUUAAGUUCCAUAUUGUUUUGCCAAACAAUUUACCACCAUCACAUGAAGUUCCAUUUGGUCAUACAAGGUAUAAAAUCGAAGCACAUUAUAAUGGUUUGUCUACUUUAGAUUAUUUUAAUGUUAACCAAUGGGUUGGUUUGGAUAAACGUAAUAAUAUUACUGUUAAACGUGCAACAUUUUCUGUGCCAUUGUACACAUUUUGCCAGUCAAUUGAAAUGAUAUUAAAUUUAAACCAGACAUAUUAUUUACCAGGUGAAACUGUUUUUGUAAUAGCUAUGAUACAAAACAAUUCUAGAACAGAUAUAAUUUUUUCAAAAAUAGUCAUUGUUCAGACUACAAAGUACUGGAAGUCUCAUCAACUAUUACCAAUAAAACAUGUCAGAAUAAUUGCAGAAGGAAUAAGAGGAUAUAUACAUAGUGGAAAUAAACAAAUAUGGGAUAGUCAUCCUUUAAAUUUACCAGCAAUUAUUCCAACUACAAGUAUAUCCAACAAUCCAUUUAACUAUUUUGAAGUCAAGUAUAAAAUUAAGAUGCUCAUUACAUUGAAAAACUCAAAUAAGAGAAAAGUGUUGAAACAAAAUUUAUUUAUUGGUAAUUGGGAUAAAAGUAUCGCUACAGAUGGUAAACAGUUUAUAGACAUACUGCAAAAUAAUGACUCGAUUUAUGAGGUUGGAGUUAAAGAUUGUUCUAUAAUUAAAACAGAAAACAGUGACAUUGAUUUUAUACCAAAAUAUAUGGUUUAUGAGAAAAUUCAAGUAUAAGAUAAAUUAAAUUUGUUAAAUAUAUUGUAUAUUAUUUAUAAUAGAAGGAUAC